AUGAGCGCGACGGGCGACGGCGGAGUAGGGAGAGACGCGCGAUACAAAGAGCGACAGGAGGCGACCCCUGCUGUUGUAAAUAGCGCUGCUGCAUGCCAAGAUUUUACCUGGUGGGACCUGGUAGGACUCGGAGUCGAACAGUGGACGGCCGACUCCGAGUCGGGAUGGAACGUAAAGUAUCACCGAGGAGAGAUAAACAAUCCAAAAAUGGACGAGAGAAUGGUGUGCGAGGGCGAAGAGUUGGGCGGGGCAGUCGCGAGAUCGAGCCGCAGGGCCAUGCUUCUUGACAGUGGUUCAAGAUGA